UCUGGAAAUAAAAAGAAUAUUAUACAAAAAAUAUCUUUUAUAUGCAAAAAUGUUUUACUAUAUACAAAGAAUAACAAAAUAGUAUCUUAUAUAUUUAGCUUGUUUCGUACAUGUCAAAAUUUGACAAAGGAAACAACGUAUUUACUUGCUUUUUCAUAUCAUUUUUAUUCAUAUUAUGUGUAACUUGUGAUUGAUAUUAUAAUUAAUAUUAUAAAUUAUACCUAUAAUUAUAAAAAUGGAAUACUUUGAUAACAAUGACACGAGCAUUCAAGAAGCUUUCGACGAGUUCUUUAGAACAAAAAGUGUAGAAGAACAAUGCACGGAAGAAUCCUUGAUGCAACUGCAUGAAGUAUUUUUGGCUUCGCCAAAUGAAGAAAUGGAUAUAACCCAGUUGUAUGAUGCGUUUGAAAAUAUAUUGCACAUUCAAAUGCCACAUAAUGAAUUCAAAAUUCUGUUUAAAAAGAUGAACUUAAAGAGAGAUGGAAAUAUUACUUGGAAUGAAUUUAUCUCGUAUUUAUUAGUAGAAUUUCAGAGGAAAGAUACCACAUUACAAUGGCAAAUAUUGAGACUUCCAAUAACCGAUAUCCCUCAACUUUUGAAAUCGCAUCACCGUACAGCUAUACACAAAAUCAUGUUUUAUCCUGAAGUCUUGCCUGAUAGAACUACAAGCUUUCAUAGAGGGUUUUAUUUAACUGUGACUAAAGAGGGAAUCAUAAAUUACUGGUCUUUAGAUUUAGAAUACGAACGAAGCGCGCAAUCUGUAAAUCCGUGUUUAAAAGUUCAACACACUUUAAUAACUGAUAUGAUAGUAAUGCCCGAUAUACAAGUAGUAUGCACAAGUUCUACGGAGUGCGAUUUAAGAUUUUAUGAUACAGCAGCAAAGAAGUUUGAUCUUCGAAUAAUGAUAUCAGGCUUGGAGUAUGCUGUCAUUUGUAUGGAUUAUUAUUUCAGUAAAAAUAUCAAAGAGGACUCGUAUAUUGUACUUGGAGAUAUGAGUGGAUCUGUCAAAGUCAUGUCAUUUAGUCCAAUAGAGAGAGGACCAUUUAAACAAGAACCUCAACGUGAUAGUUUAUUUAUUCGCUAUGAAUCUGUUCUCAAGGGUGAACUGAAAGGAUUGAAAAUCGUAGAAUUUAAGAAUGUACAUACAGAUUGGGUGAAACAAGUGGCCUAUUAUGGAAGUUUAAGAGCUUUCAUGUCCAGCAGUAGAUGUUGUAAUUGUUCUUUAUUAUUUAGUGAUCUUACAGGAGCAAGGAUUCAAUACAAAUUCAAAGUUAACAUGGGAAUAUCUUGCUUCACCUUUUGCGAAGAGGGUCAGUUAUUAAUAACCGGUGGACCGGAUUGCAUAGUUCGGGUUUGGAAUCCUUUCGUGACUAGAAGAGCAAAUAGUACUUUCCAAGGUCAUCGUGCACCUAUUUGCGCCUUAGUUGUACAAGAUGCUGGUAAACGCGUGUACUCUCUUUCGAAAGAUAGAUGUAUCAAAGUGUGGGAUGUAUUAACUCAAUCUUGCAUUCAGACAUACAAUGGUCUUCCCAGCGAAUUGGGCGAACAUACAUCAAUGACUGUGGUGUAUAAUACAUUGAAUCGUAAAAUGAUCAUUGCUAGUUCAAUGAUCGCAGUGAUUCUUUGCGAUCCUGAGGUCAACAAAGAAAUAUCCGAUGGUUUUACACAUACAAAAUCUAUCAGCAGCGUUUUAUAUAACCAUCUCUACAAAGUGGUAGUUACGACUGGCUUAGAUUCUUGUAUAAUAAUUUGGGAUCCAUGGCUUGGAAAUCGUUUAUUCUUAGUAACGCAUGCACACAGUAGAUUCCUAUAUGGUCAGUUUCAUGAUAUUGAGAUUACUGCUGCUUGUUUCGAUGAAUCUGAACAAUUACUAGUAACAGGCGCUCGUGAUGGCACAUUGAAAGUUUGGAAUUUUAAUACUGGCACUUGUUUGCGGAACAUGGCUCUUGAAACUCAAUGUGAAAUAACCAGUUUAGUUUGGCUGGAAAAUCGAAUCUUAUGUAGUAGUUGGAAUCGUCAAGUCGUAGAAUUUGCAACUUCUGACGCGUAUGUAUAUAAAAAGAAUUGGGGAACAAUACACACCGAUGAUAUUCUUUGUUCAGCCAUGUGGUAUCCUCAGGUAUUGGCCACGGCAACUUUUAAUGGAGAAAUAAUACUUUGGAGAUUAGAAACGGGUCAACCGUAUCGAAAAUAUAAAGUUAACGAACCAAUGUCAAGAUUUAGGAUAAGAUACCACAAGGAUGAAAUAACGUACAAAAUAAAAAAGCCUGAACAAGUUACGAAAGAAUUCGUUUCGAAACAGAGUCAAUGUCCUACGGCUUCUGAACAUCAAGAAUCCGCAUUGAAUAUUACACGAAUUGUUGCUGUUCGAGCUAUGAUAUUUUUAAAUGCCCGGCCGGUUAGGCCUGAUGUUGGAACAUUGUUAGUUUCUCUUGAUUCAGGAUAUGUACAAGUGUGGACUCAUCACCCUGCUGGUGGAUUUUUACAAGCUUUCUCAGUUAUUCAUUCUAUACGUGAUUGUGCAUUAGCAUUAACAACUGAUCCUAAAAAUCAUUUUCUUGUAACAGGACACAAUGCUGGAUACAUUAAAGUUUGGUAUCUCGUGAAUUAUUCGUUGCCAAAUCCUCCUAAGAUAUCUAUGCCCGUUUUACGGUUGGAAUUUCCAUUUCUAUGGAAAAAGAAAGUUAUCGGUAGGGCAGAGAGAGCUGUAAAGGAUCAACCUUUACCACUUCUACUUUCAUCUGUGCGUGGACAUUUAAAAUCUAUUACGUCCAUCCAGAUAAUCCCAGAUGCACGUAUUGUCAUUAGUGGUAGUACAGACCAUUCUGUACGCUUAUGGACACUUGGUGGCCGUUAUAUUUCAACCUUUGGAACUUUCAAGCCUUGGUUGCCAAUUUUGCCAACGAUCCCAACAUACCAAUAUUUCAGAGAUUACAAACAUCCGGCAGACAUUAAAAGAGUCGCUAGUUCUACUACACUAAAAAUUCUUGAAGGAGGUGCGAGACAAGUAGAAUCAGAUCUUAAAAGUGACGAAUUAAAAGCUUUAAAAGAAAUUUCGAGACCUGAACACACUAUGAUCGAUGGAAGAAGACUUACUAUCACUGUGAUGGAUAAAUCAGUCUUAAUGAUCUUUGCGGAUUACCCAAUUUUAGACACCUCUUUGCCAUAUAUACCUAUAUACACGCAUUUGAAAUUAAGACCUUUGGAAAUCAUACAGACACCAAAAUUACCAGCACUUCUACAUGAACAAAAAGAAUUAACUAAAAGAACGCAUUCGCAAUUAUAAAAUCACUGCAUCCGCAAAAGAAUGUAGGAGCAAACUAUAUAUAUUUCGAAAUAUUUCACCAAAAUGAAAGGUAAUAUCUCGUUAAUAUCGCAUUGUAAUAAAUUUUUCUUGAAAAGAGAAAGAAAGAAAG